AUGUAUUCAAAUCCCGCAUGGGAGUGGUUCCACACAAGGGGCAUGUGCGCUCGAAGCAGCGACUAUGAGAUCUUCUCGUUCUACAGCAGUUUGUAUGACAUGCUUGAUUUGAAGAUGUGUGUCUGGGCAUUGUGGGUACUAAUAUAUACGCUUCCUCUGUUUACGUUCAUAGAAGUAUGCUCCAUCACCCUUGCAACGCUAAAUGCAUAUAUUGCAGGACUUCUAGUGCCUAUUCCGGCUCCGUGUUUGUAUUCUGUAUAUAUAUCGGUAAGAGUUUUUUCGGCUGAUGAGUUCAUCCUCUUUCCCGCUGUACUCAUGCUCCUUCUGCGAGCAGUCUUUACGCCUUUGAAGAAGGAGCUAUCGACGCUAUUUUUCUGGACCAACUUCAUAUGUGUUUUAAUCUGUACCGGAUGUGUCUCUUUAAUUACAGGUAGAUCGAACCUUCAAAUGGUUGCUUUCACUGGUAUCUUAGCGGUUCUUUGUUACAUAUAUGCCACUUGGACACCAUUUUGCAUGCGCAUUGCAGAGGGAGUUGUCCUUUUAAUAUUGCUUUGCAUAUAUACAGAUAGAUCUGCAAGCUUCGAGUACGCCUUCCAGCUCUGUCUCAUGGGUGCCAUUACAGGCAUCUUGGUCCCCCUUGUAUUUUUGACCAUGGACCGAACAACCGUUAGGUCAGCAUUCCCUAUUCUUUUUAAGCCAAUUGCAAUCAUAAAGAAAGCUAGGAAGAAAGAUGCGGCGGUGCUGCCCAUUGCUUUGAGCUUUUCUUUCCUCUAUAGCGCCUAUCAGAUUACUCUUCUUGUACCCUUGCUGUUGGGGAUAUACUAUUACAAAAAGUACACGCAAAGCUAA